AGAUAUAUUACUACAUAUGUAUACAUAAAAUGUAAUAUAAGAUAUACAAAAUUACUAAAUCCCUUUUCAUUGCAAAUUUAGUUUAUAUUCAACUUUUCAAGUCGUUAUCAAACAGCGACGUUAUUACGGAAAGGAGAGGCUCGUUUAUAACAGAAAAUUGCAGAUUGCUGGAAAGAAAUAUGUCUGGGAGUUUCUAUUUUGUCAUGGUUGGGCAUCAUGAUAAUCCUGUCUUUGAAAUGGAAUUCUUGCCUGCUGGAUGACCACCGGCAUCUGAACCAGUUCAUUGCGCAUGCAGCCCUCGAUUUGGUGGAUGAAAACAUGUGGCUGUCUAACAACAUGUACCUGAAAACUGUGGACAAGUUCAACGAGUGGUUCGUCUCUGCCUUUGUCACUGCAGGACAUAUGAGAUUCAUCAUGCUUCAUGAUGUACGACAAGAAGAUGGAAUCAAAAACUUCUUCAAUGACGUGUAUGAUUUAUACAUUAAGUUUGCAAUGAAUCCUUUCUAUGAAACCAAUGCUCCAAUCCGGUCGACGGCAUUUGACAGGAAAGUACAGUUCCUUGGAAAGAAGCACCUCUUGAGCUGAUGAACUAACCUGGACAACAUGGUUGUGUAGCUUUUUUAAUGUCUUCAUUGUGUGCAGUUUCCAGUUGAAAUAUGUUUUAAGACAUACAUAAUAUAAAAAUAAUUUGUCUAUGAUCACCUGUUGUAUGUCUUAUAAAUUCAGUAUGUAUUACUGAUACUUCCCAACCACUGUAUAAAAGCUAUUGUAAGCAUGGAACAUUGUUGCAUAAUGAAUGGAUGGUACACUAUAUAUAUAUUUACAAAAGUAUGUGGACACCCCUUCAAAUUUGUCGAUUCGGCAAUUUCAGCCACACCCAUUUUUUGACAGGUGUAUAAAAUC